UCUGCCGUGCAGGGCUCAUUUGAGGGGAACCGCCGCAGCCUGAGCAGCACAGACAGAAAUACUUGCGCACUGACAUCAGCCCAGAUAAGGCGCAGGCAGCCCCUCCUGGUUCGAGGACAUCUCUCCGGUCCUGCUGGGUGAUACCCGGGGCCGCCGCUUUCAUCCGUUCCGCGGGUUGUUUUCUGCGCGGCGGAGCCGGCGAGAAGCGGCCGCCUCCCAUGGCUGUUCGCCUCCCUCUUCCUCUUCGGGGACUGUGAGGAGCGUGGGCAGAAGUUUGAGCGUCUCUCUCCCGGUUCUCCCUCCCUCUCUCUCCCUCUCUCUCUCUGGCAUUCCUCCUGUUGUUGGAUUGUUCUCCGAGAGGAUGGUGCUCGAUAAGGAGGAGAGUGUGUCUCUGGUGUCCCUCCAGUCCAGAGAGAAGCCGAGGGGCUGCGCCGGCUGCAACGGCAAGAUCCGGGACCGCUUCAUGCUGCAGGCGCUGGACCGGUACUGGCACGAGGACUGCCUGAAGUGCGCCUGCUGCGACUGCCGCCUGGGCCGCCUGGGCUCCACCCUCUACACCCGGGCCAACCUCAUCCUCUGCCGCAGAGACUACCUGAGGCUCUUCGGGGUGACGGGGAACUGCGCUGCCUGCAGUAAGCUGAUCCCUGCCUUUGAGAUGGUGAUGAGAGCCAGAGACAACGUCUACCAUUUAGACUGCUUCGCCUGUCAGCUCUGCCGCCAGAGAUUUUGCGUGGGAGACAAGUUUUUCCUCAAGAACAACAUGAUCCUGUGCCAGCUGGACUACGAAGGAGGCCAUCUCAAUGGCGGCGGCGGCGAGCGGCAGCCCCAGUAAGAGGGCGGGAAAAAAGACCUUUGUGCGCCAGCUGGACGUCAAAACCAACAGCGGCGCACAUCAGAUGUGGAUGAAAAAGAAAAAGAAAAAGAAAAAA